UUGAGAAAUAGCCUGGUCUUCCUUUUCUCUUCAGGUCUUUUCUGAAGGAGCUAGCCCUCAUGGGAGAAAGUCAAGAACGGGAGCGGGUCCUAGCUCAUUUUUCACAACGUUAUUAUGAGUGCAAUCCCAAAGCCAUCUCUUCUGAAGAUGGAGCCCACACUCUGGCUUGUGCCUUGAUGCUCUUAAAUACAGACCUUCAUGGACAUAACAUUGGGAAGCGAAUGUCUUGCUCAGAUUUCAUUGGGAACCUGGAAGGACUCAAUCAAGGAAGUGAUUUCCCCCGAGAAUUACUCAAGCAAGCGCCAGAGCGCGCUUCUCGCGUAGAACGGCUUCCCAGCCGCCCCCUGAGCUGCUGCUGUGGAGGAGGAGGAGGAGGAGGAAAACGGGAGCGACUCUGUGCGUGGCUGGCCCCCGAGGCUCGGUUUUUCGAUAACGCCAAGCAGGAGCGCUGCGCCUAG